AUUUUCAUUCAAGGACAAAUAAGUUGACAUAAACGAAGCACAAGCAAACAAGGUGACGAAUUUACUGGGCACAUUUUUAAGUGUUUCUUCUUGGACGAAUUCGAGUGAAAAGCGGUGGUGUUAGCCGCACCCAGUUCUUUGCUAGUGUUUUCAUAAAAUUAUUCACCAUAGGCCUAUCAGAUACAGCGUUGAUGGACAUGGUUGUCUCAAAUCUACAGCAGCAACGUCUCGUUACAGAGCAGUUGAGACGGGAAGCCGCCAUCAAGAGAAUGCCAGUAUCGAUAGCAGUGAAGGAUAUAAUAAAAUACAUUACGGAACACGAACAAGACGACUGCUUGUUGGUGGGAUUCUCCAGUCAGCGUGUGAAUCCGUUUCGCGAAAAAACACCAUGUAGUGUCUUGUAAUCUCAUUUCCUGUGUACAAAAUUAAUAUAUUUAACCUAUUUUUCAUGUCAAUGUUGUAUACUUAUCACGUAAGCUAAACGUAAUGGCGAUGUAAUUUUAGUUUUCUAAAUGCUUAUUUAAAUAAAGUAAUUAAUAAUG